CCAAUUGGAUUAGUUAUUAUUUUUAUUCACUUUUUAUCUCAUCAGCUUAUCUUAAUUCUGGUGAUUUAUUGAUUUAAUUGUUACUUUCUCUCAACUAUUGGCCAAAAUUGUUGUAACAUUCUAAUAUCAUAAACUGACCCAACACGGAACUAGGAGGCCACAAGUAGGAGGUUCCGUUAAGUGGCCUGAUCUUUGGGUCUAACCAAUAGCAGGUCACUCAGGUGAUUUUUUCUUAUUGACCAGAUAACAUCUCAUAUCGAUUAUCAACUUAACUUGAACUAAAAUUAUCUCAAUUAUCAAUAAAUCAGCAGAAUCUUCCUCAUCUUUUGUCGUCAUCAUCAUUCAACAAUUUCAUUAUUAAUUGUUAGUUAAUUGUCGUUCCAUUAACAUCAAGCAAAUAGUUAAAUGUACAUAAAAUAAAUUGUGAUUGUAUUUUGAACUCUUCCAGUGAUUCAUCACCAUAAUCAUCAAUUAACCUCAUUGAAAUUGAGAUUUCACUCUACAAUCAAAUCUCUCUAAAUACUUAAUUGUUACUAUUGAUUAGUCAUCAAUUGUAAUUAAAUUGUUAUUUUACUUCAAAUCAAUCACACAAGGAGAUCAACAAAUUCGAGGUUACAAUCUAAUCCAAGAUUAACAACUUUAUCUGUUUCAAUUGAAUCGGAUCAAUUGUGAUUAUCAAACGAAACCAUUUUAUAAACUUAAUUGUCAACUAAUCAUUAGUUGACGUUGGUUGAAAGUGUAAACAUCAUAUUCACAAUCAGCUUAAUUUAAUUACCACAGUGUUGUUAUUAAUAUAUUCCCCUGGCCUAAGUAAUUUACUACAUAUACUAAAUCAUUUCGUAAUUGUCUAUUAAAUUAUUACAAAAUUUGACCAUCAAACAUUUGCCAAUCAAGAUUUAAAUUGCAAUUAGAAUCAUCAAAAAGUUGUCUAUGUAAUCAAGUAACCAGUUGAACGGGCUCAUGAGGAAACAAUUCCUUAAAUAAUUUAAACAGCAAAACCCCGUUGAUUGUAAUCAGUGUUAAUUUAAUUUAGCUGUGUUCUCCGUCGUUUAAUUGUUAACUUGCCAAUUAUCACAGUUUCAAGAUUAACAAUGACUUCAAUUAAAAUUCAACAAUUGAUUACAACUUUAAACUCUAGUCUAUUUAAAGAUGUGCCUGAACAAUUAAUGGAUAACCUUUAUCAUUUGGGACAAUUAACUAAGGAGAUUGAACAAUUUGCUCCUUCUUAUGAUUAUAAUGAUAUUCAAUUCAAUGGAUGUCGAAGUUUAUUGAAAAUUAUCGAUCAAAUUUUACCAAUUAUUAAGGAAACCCUUUUAUCGGCCAAUGUCCAGCUUACUGAACCUUUGAUCGAGGUGGUCAGUUUAUUUGUUGAUUUGUUUACUAUGGUUGUUGAUCUACAUCAUGCAAAUUUAACAUCAAUCAAAGGAUCAACUUCUUGGCAUUUGGAUAAUUUCAUCUCAUCUCGAUCUAAGGUUCAGAAUAAGAUUAAAACUUAUUGGAAACAUUUCUCCUUGUUUUUCGUUGAACCUCAAUCUCGAUCAGCACUUCGACUUUUUGCGUUUUUUGCUGGCCUCAUCUCGGGAUUUCCCAAUUCUCUAUCCAGCUUAAUCUCACCAGAUUCAAAUUACUCACGAAUGUCCGAGAUUCUCUAUGGAGCCAAUGCUUUUUUCCCUCUUUCGAUAUUAAAUGCGGCCAACAAUCCAUUAACCUCAGCCAUUAGUACAUUACAUUCGUAUUACCAUCGAACCGAGAUUAAAAAGUUAACCAUCUCACGACAAACUGAUUGGAUGAUUCCAAAGUCAGGAAAAGGACGAGUUACAUUCUGUCCAACUGAACCUCCAUUUGAUAGUGGGAAUAACAAUUUUGUAACCUGUCGACUUUUGACCUACACUGGACUUGAACCUUCGGGUGAUUUAGUUUUCCAUGUUCGUGGAGGUGCAUUUGUCAUUGAUGUUCCUUUACUUCAUGACACUUAUCUCAUGGAAUGGAUUCCUCACCUUGGUGGAGCGGUCAUUUUAGACGUUGACUAUACACGUGCAGUCAGAUACCCGGUGGCACUUCAAGAGAUACUUGAUCUUUAUUUAUGGUUGGUCACUCAAACAACAAAGGUAACGGAAACUCUUGGGUUUACACCUCGUCGAAUUGUUUUCUGUGGUGAUUCUGGUGGAGCUUAUCUCCUAUUCACCUUGGCAGCGGUUCUACGAGACAUUCAACAAGUAUCCCAAGAAUCUGUUCCAAUCUUUCCUACCGCAUUCGUUGGAUUUUAUCCCAUUUUCUCCUUCAAUCAUCAAGGUAAAAUACCUUCUUUGGUGAUGGGAUUUCUCGACACUUUCCUCAAUCUGAAUACCGUUUAUCAAGGUCUUUCAUUGUACGCAUCCGGGAUUACUUUUGAUUCAGACUUUGAAAGCUCAUUAAAGACAUUAAAUGAACAUGAUGGAAUAUCUAACAAGACGAUAAAAAGUUCAUCAUACAAUCAUGAUAACAAUAAUAACCAAGAUUCCAAUAGGUACUCGAAAGAUUCACAAUGGGAACGAGUUUAUAACACUUGGUUCAAUUCGGAUAACAAUUGGUACACUUGUGAAAAUGAAUUCGAUAGAAGAAGUUCAAAAAUUGUCACCGAUUCCAAGUUACCAUAUAUUUCCCCGAUGGUUUCUUACGAUAUUAACACACUAGACGAUUUACCGAUUUAUAUGGUUAUCGGUGAAUUUGACCCUUUCCUUGAUAUGACAAUAGAUUAUGCUAAAAAUUUGAGCGGGAAAGUAAAACUUGACAUUAUGCCCGAUUUACCCCACGGAUUCCUAAAUAUGACCCAUUUCAGUGACGCUUCUCACAAAGGGUCCAAAUUUUGUCUUCAAAAACUAAUCGAAGCACUUGAAUUUUAAAAUGAACCAAUUUUUGUUACCCUAUCAACAAAGAUAGAAUGACCAUCUCGCAUUAACAAAUUAUUAGUAAAUUUUUAACGAGGUUUAGUACCUUUGAUUUAUGAUUAA